AUGUUUUCUUUAUUAAUUGUUCAAUGUUAUAUUACUCUGAGUUUUGCUCAAAACAACAACAAAGAUGUAUUUAUAGAUCACCUUCAACGGCGAUAUGUUAAAUCAUUCUAUGGUGAAAAGUUUAACGUUGAAGAAUCAUAUCCAUUAAGAGUCAACAUAGAAGAAUAUGCCAACCUAAACCAGAACGUUGCCUUAGGAUUUGAGAAAGAAAAAACAAAAAGUUAUCCUGAGCGAUUAUGGUUAGCUAUUAUUCAUACUAUGCCAAAUAAAAUAAGUCAUAUUCAAAACACAAGAAAUACUUGGUGUAGAGAAGAAUACCAACAACGGUAUGGAUUUAAAUGUAUUUAUGUUCUUGUUGAGUCAUCAGUUCGUCAAACAAAACAUUUGAAUGAUUUAUUAAAAUUAAAUGAGACAUACCAUGACAUUUAUUUCAUUGAUAUGCCUGAUUUAAAUGAACAUUGGUUUACUUUACAACAAAAAAAUAUUAAUGCUUACAUUAUGGCAUUAAACAUAUUUCCUGAUUAUUCUUUUUAUUCCAGAGUUGAUGAUCAAAUACUUGUUACUGUUGAUAUACUAUCUUCAUUUUUAAUGAAUCACCUCACAAACUCCACUGUUGUUGGUGAAAUGGUUAAACAUCGCCCUAAUAGGAACCCAAGAAAUAAAUAUUAUGACCCAUUAGCAAUUAACAUUCCAAAAUACUUUCCAUUUCCUGCAGGUUACUUAUCUAUUUUUAGUCAGGACAUUAUUAAAUUUAUUGGGAAAUGGGAAAAUUAUUACACCUUUGCCCCAAGUUCAUUAGAAGAUCCUGGGUUUGGUCACUGGAUUUAUAAAUUUGCAAAUACUACAAAUCAACGAGUUGAUUUAUUAACACCAGAAAAUUGGGGUGGAAACACAAAAAACACAUACGGUGAUUAUAUUAUAUUUCAUGACCAAAGGGGUAGAUUAAAUCAAACUGAGUUCCUUAAAAGAAGAAUAGAAGAUGGAUAUAUGAAAGAGUUUUAA